UAUGGCUUCUGAUUCAUUACACGAUUGGUAUUUCAGAACACGUAACACAACAUCAUAACUGUUUACGUCUGUCGUUAGAUUCUAUAUUAUGUAUAGGUUAGUUUCGGUAUUUGUCAGUUUACGAGCAAGACACCGAAAUUAAAUAAUCUUACAAAAUUAAAAUUGAUCUAACUUAGUUAUCUUUAUCGAAAUGGCUAAUACUCUAGCUAAUGUACCUGUGUCAAAAAUUAUAAAGAACAAAAGCAAUUUCGAAGACGAACCCAAGAAAAAGAGUCGAGAAGAUUGGCGAAAGGCUAAGGAAUUAGAAGAAGCGAGAAAAGCUGGUACAGCACCAGCUGCGGUAGAUGAAGAAGGCAAAGAUAUUAAUCCACACAUUCCACAAUACAUUAGUGCUACGCCAUGGUAUUUUGGCGCACAGGGGCCUACUUUGAAACAUCAAAGACCGCAGCCUGAAAAGCAAAAGCAGUAUAGCGGUAUAGACGAAUGGUAUAAGCGUGGUGUAGAUUCGUCUAAAGUAGCAACAAAGUAUCGUAAAGGAGCCUGUGAAAAUUGUGGAGCAAUAACUCAUAAGAAAAAGGAAUGUAUGGAACGUCCACGUAAAAUAGGUGCAAAAUUCACAAAUGCAAAUAUAGCGCCAGAUGAGUUUACUCAACCAGAAUUAUCUACAGACUAUGAUGGCAAAAGAGACAGGUGGGCUGGUUACGAUCCUUCACAGCAUAGAGCUAUUAUCGAGGAAUAUCAAAAGAUCGAGGAAGCAAAACGACAAAUGCGUGCAGAAAAGUUAAACGCGGAAGAGAAUGAUGAACAGGAUUCGGAUAAAGAUGAGGACAAAUAUGUUGACGAGGUUGAUAUGCCUGGAACAAAAGUAGAUUCUAAACAACGUAUUACUGUUAGAAAUCUACGAAUUAGAGAAGAUACAGCAAAGUAUCUAAGAAACUUGGAUCCAAAUUCGGCAUAUUACGAUCCUAAAACGAGAUCCAUGCGUGACAAUCCUUAUACCGGCACCGACAGAGAGGUGGAUUAUAAAGGUGAAAAUUUUGCGCGUUUCUCGGGAGAUACACAACGACAUUCAAAUGCUCAAUUGUUUGCAUGGGAAGCGCAUGAAAGAGGUGUUGACGUUCAUUUACUCGCCGAACCCACUAAAUUGGAAUUACUUAAACAGGAAUAUGAUAAAAAACGCGACGAACUGAAAGAUAAAGCUCGUGAAAGUAUAAUUAAUAAAUAUGGAGGUAAAGAACAUCUCGAUGCUCCUCCACCUUCUCUUUUACUAGCACAAACAGAACAAUAUGUCGAAUAUUCCAGAUAUGGAAAAAUCAUCAAAGGACAAGACAGACAAAUAAUUCGCUCUAAGUACGAAGAAGAUGUAUAUCCAAAUAAUCAUACUUGCGUUUGGGGCUCUUAUUGGCAUGCUGGUAAAUGGGGAUACAAGUGCUGUCAUUCGUUUAUAAAAAAUUCAUACUGUACAGGAAAUGCAGGUAAAAAGACAGCCGAAGCAGCCGUUAUUGAAAUCAAAAAAACCGUAAAUGAGGAAGAAAAGUCUAAUGAGGAAAUAAUACAUUCAUCCGAUGAAAAAUCUGAAAGUAAUGAUACAUCCUCGGAUGAAGAAGAAAAGGUAUUAAGACCGAUAAAAUCGAAAUCAUCCAAAAGGAAGGAGAAGAAACAAAAACAGAAAGAAAAACGAAAGAAUAAAAAGAAAGCUGCUAGGUUACAAGAACAAGAUAAAUUACAAGAAGCAUUGCAGAAAGAGGAAGAAAGACAAAAAGAAGCGGAAAGGCUGCUACAAAUGAAUGAAAGAAAACGCCCUUAUAAUAGUAUGUAUGAAGUUAAAGAACCAACAAUGGAUGAGAUCGAAGCAUUUCAAAUGAAGCGACAACGUGAAGACGAUCCGAUGGCGGAAUUUCUUAAUAAAUAGCUUUCAGGAUCUAAUAAAACUCUUGUAAAUUUUUUAGAUGUACUAAAAUUUAUUAUGUAUAGAUCCAAAAUGAAAAUUAGAUAUAUAUAAAAGUGUAAUAUAAUAUAAGGGAUUAAAAAGCGAAUAUCGUAUCUUGUAUCGAUUUAACGUAUUUAAUAAAACGUGAACAACAUUGCUA